CGAAAAUUAGCAUUAGUUAGCCUUUAGUGGUUGAUUGGUUCUGGAUUACUGCAUCCAAAUUUCAAAUUGAGAAAGCUUUCCAAUUUCAAUCACCACUAGAUGUCCCGGCCCAUAGCACACCAUCGGAUGAAUGGUGUGCGUUGUCUUAUGCUACAGGCUCGCACCAACAUCAAAUAACACGUGUUGCAGUUUGUUUACAAUCUUGGCCAUCUCUCUUCAUGCUAAGGCUAAGUUCACAGGGGAUAGCCACGCUGCAGCAUGGAUGUAUGUGUAUGCUGGUCGGUUCCAGGUCUUCGUAGAUAUUUAUGUUCAUUCAUGAAGGAUCCAUCAAUACAUGACUGCUGCUGUUGACCAGGCGACCAACGAAUAACAGUACAUGCCGUGUAACAGUUGUAAGAAGUCCGUCAAUGGGCAUUAGGUUUUGUUUUGGCACAGAGAUGUAAUCGAUUCCGUGAAAUUUAAGGUAAAUUUAAAGAUUUUAGCUGAUCCAGAAAGAGACUGUGAGCUACGUAUAAUGAGGGCGAUUCCAAAGUGGGUCGAGAAGAUCCACGAUCCAAACGAGAAAAACGAUGUGGCCAGCAUUCAUUCGAUAUGUUUCCACCCGGAAGGACUGCAGUUGAUUGUAGGAGCAGGCGACAAGGUUUUGGUGUACGAUCCUGUCGAUGGGAACAUAAUCAGCUCACUGAAGGGCCAUAAAGACACCGUUCACUGUGUUGCGUAUGCACGCGAUGGAAAGAAGUUUGCAUCGGGGAGUGCGGACAAAACCGUCAUCAUUUGGACAAACAAACUGGAAGGAUUACUGAAAUACUCUCACGGUGAUUCGGUCCAAUGUCUUGCGUUCAACCCCAUCUCGCACCAGCUGGCAUCGUGUGCCGUGUCGGACUUUUCCUUCUGGUCCUCGGAGCAGAAGGCCGUCCAGAAAUACAAAACUGCAGCGCGAGUCAACGCGUGUGCCUGGACCAACGAUGGACAAUAUUUGGCCCUGGGAAUGGCCAACGGGACGAUUUCGAUUCGCAAUAAGGCCGGUGAGGAAAAGAUCAAAAUCGAUCGUCCGGGUGGUGUGAACAGUCCUAUUUUUGGAUUGGCCUGGAAUCCUCCGGCCAGUGGUUCGGCGGAUAUCCUGUGCGUUAUCGAUUGGAGUCAAACGUUAUCGUUCUACUCGCUCGGAGGGCAGGUGAUAGGGAAGGAAAGGAAUUUCAACUUUGACCCUCUGUGUUUGAGCUUCUUUCCGGAUGGGGAGUUUCUGAUCAUUUCCGGUUGCAACAAGGCGUUGCAAUUAUUCACGCGGGAUGGCAUACGACUAGGAAUGCUGGGUGAACAACACGAUUCUUGGAUUUGGGCAACUACUGUACAUCCGUUGGGCAAUUCAAUCGUUGUUGGUUGCCAAGACGGCACUCUAGCAUGCUACAGUUUGGCCUUCAAUACGGUUCACGCCCUCUACCGUGAGCGCUAUGCAUUCCGAGAGAACAUGUGCGACGUAAUCAUCCAGCAUUUGGUUUCCGGACAGAAAGUUCGUAUAAAGUGCCGCGAUUUGGUGCACAAGAUAGCCAUCUAUCGGAACCGCCUGGCGGUUCAGCUACCGGAACGUGUCGUUCUGUACGAACUAAGCUCGGCUGAAAAUCAACCCAUGCAUUACAAGGUGAAGGAAAAAAUUGCCAAAAAAUUUGAGUGCAGUUUGCUGGUUGUUUGCGCGCAGCAUUUGGUUCUUUGUCAGGAGAAAAAAUUGCAAAGCCUGGAUUUUAAUGGGGUUCUGCAGCGAGAGUGGAUUAUGGACAGCUUCAUACGGUACAUCAAAGUAACGGGAGGACCUGCUGGGUGCGAAGGACUUCUGCUGGGUUUGAAGAGUGGACAAGUGUGGAGAAUCUUCUUGGAUAAUUCACUCCCUAUCCUGGUUACAACCGUACUUUCUUCGGUUCGUUGUCUGGAUCUCAACGCAACCAGGACCAAACUGGCCGUUGUGGAUGAUGCAGGUCGUCUGGUGGUUAGAGAUUUGAUAAGUGAUACUAUGCUGUAUCAGGACUCCAACGUGAACUCAGUCGCAUGGAACACUCAUUUGGAAUCGAUGCUAUGUUAUUCACAUACCACGGGAGGGUUGAGUGUGCGAGUGGGAUCACUUCCACCAAGAAGCCCGCAGUCUAUGCUGGGAGUAGUGGUAGGCCUAUGUGGAGCAACAGCCUUUUGUCUGCGUGGAAAUGUAAUGAGCAACGUACCCUUGGCAUUGGGAGCGACCAUGUGGCAGUUCGUAGAGGCUGGAUUGUUUGAAGAAGCUUACCAGGUUGCAUGCCUUGGAGUACCCCUAUCGGACUGGGAAGGCUUGGGACAGGCCGCUCUAGAAGCUCUGAACUAUCAAGUAGCUCGCGAUGCAUACGUCAAGGUACGCAACUUGCCCUGGUUGGAGCUGAUAAACGAUCUCAAAGAACGUCAAAAGCGAGGCGAUACAUCGAAAGAGGUGCUCCUCGCGGAUACCUACGCCUUCAACGGGAAGUUCAAGGAUGCAGCGCGAUUGUACCAAAAGUCCGGCAACAAUACCAAAGCCUUGGCCAUGUACAGCGAUUUGCGGAUGUUUGACUUGGCGCAGGAGUUUCUCAAGGAAGGAAGUGCGGCCGAUAAAAAGGAACUCAUCAGAAGGCGCGCCGAAUGGGCCUGUUCGGUACAUGAGCCUCGGGCGGCCGCCGAACUGUUGCUUUCCGCAGGGGAAUCUGAGCGAGCUAUUGAAAUUGUAGCAGAGCAAGGGUGGACUGAUGUACUGUUGGACAUUGGUAGACGUCUAAACGCCUCAGAAAAGGAACCACUGGAGCUUAUAGCGACGCAUCUGAGGCGCUUGAAAGCUCUGCCUUUGGCAGCCGAAAUCUACCGUAAGCUUGGCGAGGAAGAACAAGUUGUGCAACUACACGUGGAAGCUAGAGAUUGGCCCGAGGCGUUUCGCUUGGCAGAGCACUUGCCGAAGAUUCUACCUUCUGUACAUUAUCAGCAUGCACAGUGGUUGGCUGAAUCCGAUCAAUUCAUUUCUGCUCAUGAAGCUUAUGUAUUGGCGGGUAAACCUAAUGAAGCUACCAAGCUGCUCCGAGAUCUGGUGGAGUGUGCAGUAUCUGAGGAACGAUACUUAGAUGCAGGAUACUACACGUGGCUAAGGGCUAAACAAGUGCUCAAAUUGUUGGAAGGUGAAUCGGUUUUACUGGAGUCCAAAAGCGCUGAGUACAAAUCACUACAGAAGCUAGCUUCUAUCUAUUAUGCUUACAGUACAAUUAAUUCGUACCUCAAAGAACCGUUCACAAGCAGCCCGCCAUUGACGCUAUUCAACACCAGUCGAUUUGUAGUAAAUCAAAUAAAUGGAGUAACAGCUCCGAAGGGAAUAAGUAUUUUUGCUGUUUACUACACCCUGUCCAAACAGGCAAAAGUUCUGGGGGCCAACAAGCUCCAUCUUCAAAUCAACAACAAACUUCAAUCGCUCAAGCCACCGGCAGGAAUACAGGAACAGGUUGACAUUAGCUACAUUACUAGUCGAGCUUGUCCGGGAGGAUUCAACGAUCCGGAGGAGUACCUUCCGAUGUGCUAUCGUUGUUCUAACUAUAGCCCUCAUCUACAUGGGAACCGUUGCCCAAACUGUCAUCAGGAAUACGUCUUCUCGUACGUGUCCUUCGAAAUUCUACCACUAGCAGAGUUCAGCCCUGAUGACGGCAUCUCUGAUCAAGAAGCUGAAAGGUUAUUGAUGGCCCCACCGAAGAUGAACGAUUAUGGUCAACCGGAUCAGUUCAUCCAUGAGGAUAUCAUGGAUACCUUUCCGUCCAGCAUGGAUCGUGAUGCGUUACGAGCGAUUGAUCCACGGGAAGUUAUCAUCAUCAAAGGUCCCAAGCCGUUGCCUACUCGUUACUACAGAAAUCUGCUACCCGAGCUACAAAUAACCGUUUGCCCAGAGUGUAACAAUGCAUUUCACUCGGAGGACUUUGAACUGCAGUUUUUGCAGAAAGGUUAUUGCCCAUUCUGUAGAACUCCUGAGGAAAGCUUGGUUGGGUAAAUUGAAAAUGUCAGAGCAAUUCUGGAACACGAUUGCCUUACUCUUUAGUGUCUGAUCUCAUUCCGUCCAGCAUCACGUAACUGUGAUUUUUACAUCUUAUUAAUGUUUUAAGCAUCAAUUUAAUCGUACUAAACAAGGAACUUUAAUUUUUUCACAAAUUUGAAUAAAAGAUAAAUUGCACAAAAUCGGUUUAUUAUUGAUGGGACUCACAGGAUUAAUAGAGUUAGAUUCUAAACAUGCUUGGGCUUCAAUUCGUGUUUCAUUAAAUAUAUACCAAACGAAGCAGUCGUCGUUUUUCAGGCAUCCUUGCGAUGUAGCCUGCUCAGCCUGGCAUGUCGUGUUCAAUUAACUUGACAAUAUUUCGGCUGUUCGGGUCCGUAUGAAGUUGAUCAUCAACAUUAACUUCUUUUCCCGAUCAGCCUAGAUAGCUGUGUAGUGUCGGUAGCGGUUGUCUCAAUUGGCUAAGAAUAACACUACGGACCACCUGUUCCGGGGGUAAAAGUCCACUAAACAGGGAACUCCAAUCCAAGGUGUCAGGCGACCCGUGCUGAUGGAUGAAUGGUUGAGGGGGUUUAAAAUAUGCUCGAUCUUUAACGGAGCCCGUAACGUAGGUAGAUAGCCUUUAUGUGUUGCGUUACGGUUCAAGAUCUACCAAACCGAACCCUAGUGACAUCCGGGUUGUCAAGUUGGGGUAAUGUGUUUUGGUAAUAAGGAUUCAUGGCACAAAGUCCUUUUUACUGGUGACAGUUUCUAAAAUUGCAUUUAUUCUGCCUUGCUGAUAGUUAAAGAAUCGGACUUUGCCCACCCGAGACUACACUUGAUGUUAGGAAAACAAACAUGCUUUACGUAUCUAAUUGCGUACUAACCUAUCAAGGACUGUUUAGUUCUGGUAAUUCAAGGACUCACGUGUAUUCUUAUUGCAGAACACAUUCUCUAAUUUGACAGAGUUUUGCAACUAGCCUAAAGUCCCGGGUUUUUCUUUGUUGUCCUGGGACUAAACUAGAAGCAAGACAUGGAUGGGGCUAGAGUUCCGAUGCAUGGAUAUAUAUCAGUACCACCGUUUUGUUUUUCUUAGAAUUCAAAUAGAUUGUGUUUGAUUAGUGGCGCUCUUUCACUGGGAUUUAAAUCUCUAUGAUAACGGGACCUUUUUAUCGCAAUCUAUUUCUUGCACCUCUGGGAUAACAAAACAGGAACUGUACAGAAAUCGAUGCUUCAUUGCCUCUCAAUGACAAUGGAGUAGUACGACAUGCACUAAAUACUGAGGAUACGGGUAAUGCCACAAAAGAUCUAAAUACUGGUCGCAGUGGCUCACCCGAAC